AUUAUCAACAAAUAUGAAGCAUAAAGAAAAUAUAAUUUUGUGGUUCUCUCUCUCAUCAUAAAUCUAGGGUUUCUUAAGAAGUUCCCAGCAAUCUGUAUCACACCAUUUUCCCCAAAUCUAUUCUUUUCUAUCUCUCUCCACAAACACAUACAGAUAUAUAUACAAAUAGAGAGCCAUUCAUCAAGCCAAGAUCAUAGAACAUACAAAGAGGACGAUUUAGAUCUUAGGCUUUGAUAAGAAAGUGAAUAAUGGUGAGGGGAAAGACUGAGAUCAAGAGGAUAGAGAACGCAACGAGCAGGCAAGUGACUUUCUCGAAGAGAAGAAAUGGACUUCUAAAGAAAGCUUUCGAGUUAUCUGUCCUUUGUGAUGCUGAAGUUGGUUUGAUCAUCUUCUCUCCAAGAUCCAAACUCUAUGAGUUCUCUAGCUCUAGCAUAGCAAAAACAAUAGAACGAUAUCAGAAACGGGUCAAAGAAACUGGGAUUAACCACACGAGAGAUAAUAAUUCUCAGCAAGCAAGAGACGAAACAUAUGGUUUGACAAAAAAGAUUGAGCAGCUAGAGAUAUCUAAACGAAAAUUGCUUGGGAAAGGUAUUGUUGCAUGUUCUAUUGAGGAGCUGCAACAGUUAGAGAAUCAGUUGGAGCGAGGCUUGAGCAGGAUAAGAGCCAAGAAGUACCAAUUACUCCGCGAAGAAAUUGAGAAGCUGAAGGAAGAGGAGGGGAAUCUCAUUAAGGAAAAUAAAGAACUGAAGGAGAAGUGGCGCGGAAUGAGAGCAAUAGUAGGAGCAUCACCAUCAUCAACCUUAUCAUCAGCUGAAGUGAACACGGAUAGCGUUGACAAUAUGGAAGUGGAGACUGGUUUGUUCAUUGGACCUCCUGAGCCAAGACAAUCCAAGAAACUCCAUCCUUGAAGUUAAGCCAAGUUU